AUGGCGGAGAAAGAGGCUACGGUUUACAUUGUAGAUAUGGGACGGUCUAUGGGCGAGCGCCACCAUGGCCGUCCUAUGACAGAUCUCGAAUGGGCCAUGCAGUAUGUCUGGGAUAGGAUCACCGCCACGGUUGCCACCGGUCGCAAGACGGCUACGGUUGGCGUGGUUGGUCUCAGGACGGAUGAAACCAUCAAUGACUUGGAUGUAGAGAACUUUUCUAGUAUUUCCGUCCUCUUCGGUCUUGGCCAAGUCCUCAUGCCUGAUAUCCGGAGACUACGCGAAACAAUCAAACCCAGCACAACUAAUAAAGGCGAUGCCAUAUCUUCUAUUGUCAUCGCCAUCCAGAUGAUCCUCGAUUAUACCAAGACAAACAAAUACAAGCGCAAGAUCAUUUUAGUGACUAAUGGCACUGGUAUGAUGAGCGAUGAUAAUAUCGAAGGCAUCAUUGAAAAGAUGAAAGAAGUUAACAUCGAAUUGGUGAUCAUUGGUGCCGAUUUUGAUGACGCUGAGUAUGGCGUAAAGGAAGAAGAUAAAGACAGUCGAAAGGCUGAAAAUGAGACUCUUCUCCGCAAUCUGGCUGAGGAGUGCGAAGGUGUUUAUGGAACGCUGGAGCAAGCUGUCUCGGAAUUAGAUAUUCCCCGCAUCAAAGUGACUAAGAGCAUGCCUUCUUUCAAGGGGAAUCUUAUGCUCGGAAAUCCCGAAGAGUAUGACACAGCGAUCACUAUACCCGUGGAGCGAUACUUCCGAACCUACGUCGCCAAGCCGAUCUCAGCGAGCUUGUUCGUGCCACGCCCCGGCACCGAACCAGGAAGUCAGAUACCGGGUAAAGGCAAUGCUGAAGGCGACGCUCUCGCCUCGGUGAGAACGUCACGGACCUAUCAGAUCACAGACGAGUCUGCACCAGGGGGCAAGGUCGACGUUGAACGCGAUGACCUCGCCAAGGGGUACGAGUAUGGACGUACAGCAGUUCCUAUCGAGCAGACUGAUGAGAACGUCGCCAAUCUGGAAACUUUUGCCGGCAUGGGGCUAAUCGGGUUCAUUAAGAAGGAUCAGUAUGACCGAUACAUGCACAUGUCCAACACAAAUAUCAUCAUUCCUCAGCGUGCAAAUGACAAUGCAUCUCUUGCGUUGUCUUCCCUCAUUCAUGCACUCUAUGAAUUAGACUCGUAUGCGGUUGCCCGAUUGGUGACCAAAGAAUCCAAACCACCGAUGCUCGUGUUACUCGCCCCAUCCGUCGAGGCAGAUUAUGAGUGUUUGAUAGAAGUACAGCUUCCAUUUGCAGAAGACGUGCGAUCAUAUCGGUUCCCACCUUUAGACAAGAUCAUUACUGUCUCUGGCAAAGUGGUAACGGAACACCGCAACCUUCCAAAUGCCGAUCUGAAGGAUGCGAUGAGUAACUACGUGGACAGCAUGGAUUUUGUCACCACAAAUGAUGAAGGUGAACCAACUAAUGAUCUCCCAAUUGACGAGUCAUUCUCCCCAUUACUGCACCGCAUCGAGUCAGCCGUUCGCUACCGUGCAGUGCAUCCCAGCGACCCUGUCCUUGACCCCUCAGAGCGGCUCACGGAAUUCGCACACCCCUCAGAAGAGAUAGUCAAGAACUCCAAGUCCCAUCUUGAGAGAUUGAUGUCUACGGCUGAUGUUAAGAAAGUUCCACCAAAGACAAAAGGUCGUAAACGCCAGCGCGAUACAGAGAAACCCCUGUCAGGUCUUGACGUCGACGCCCUCCUUAGCCUUGAACCCAAGCGAACGAAAAUUUCCACCGAGAACGCAAUCCCGGAGUUCAAGCAAACACUUUCCCGCGCAGAAAACAUUGACGCGAUCCACGACGCUGUGCAGCAAAUGGCUAAAAUUAUUGAGACCCAGAUAACGCACAGUCUCGGUCACUCGAAUUACGACCGCGUCAUCGAAGGCCUUGGUACUAUGCGCGAGGAGCUAGUGGAUUAUGAGGAACCGGUGGUGUACAAUGACUUUGUGCGUCAGUUGAAGGGUAAGAUAUUGCGGGAGGAGCUAGGUGGGGAUCGGAGGGAGCUGUGGUGGUUCGUGAGGAAGGGGAAGCUUGGGCUUAUCGGGAAGAGUGAAGUGGAUAGCUCUGCUGUUGAGGACGAAGAGGUUCAAGAGUUUUUGGCUGCCAAUUGA